UUUGGACAUGGUGGUGCCCGAGUUCAUGGAGCUGUUCAAAGAGCGCGCGACGGCGCCGUUCUUCGUGUUCCAGCUGUUCUGCGUCGGCCUGUGGUGUCUGGACAAAUACUGGUACUACUCGCUCUUCACACUCGUCAUGCUCGUGCUGUUCGAGUGCACACUUGUGCAGCAGCAGUUGCGCAACAUGGCUGAGAUACGCAAGAUGGGCAACAAGCCGCACAACCUACAGGUGUACCGCAACCGGCGGUGGCGACCGAUCCUGAGCGACCAGCUGGUGCCGGGCGACAUAGUGUCCAUCACCCGGUCGCAGAAUGACAACCUGGUGCCCUGCGACAUGCUCCUGCUGCGAGGACCCUGCAUCGUCGACGAGAGCAUGCUCACUGGUGAAUCAGUGCCACAGAUGAAAGAGCCACUAGAGGGCAUGGACUACGAUCGCAUCCUUGACAUGGAAGUGGAUGGCAAGCUGCACAUUCUCUAUGGAGGCACCAAAGUGGUGCAACACACGGCACCCGGAAAGUCGUCCGCCGGGCUCAGAGCACAGGACAAUGGAUGCGUGGCGUACGUGAUGCGCACUGGCUUCAACACGGCUCAGGGCAAACUGCUGCGCACCAUUCUGUUCGGCGUGGAGCGAGUCACCGCCAACAACCUCGAGACGUUCGGCUUCAUCAUGUUCCUCCUGAUCUUUGCAGUUGCCGCCAGCGCUUAUGUCUGGAUCAAAGGAACUGAAGACCCUAACCGCAGCAGGUAUAAGCUGUUUUUGGAGUGUACACUAAUCUUAACAUCCGUCAUCCCGCCUGAACUUCCUAUAGAGCUUUCUCUUGCUGUCAAUACAUCGCUCAUAUCACUAUCAAAACUAAGUGUGUACUGUACGGAGCCAUUCCGUAUCCCUUUUGCCGGCAAAGUAGAGAUUUGCUGCUUCGAUAAGACUGGAACACUAACUAGCGAUAACUUGGUGGUGGAAGGUGUAGCUGGAGUGGGAGAUAAACCUGAGCAGGUGUUGGCGAUGAGCAACGUGCCACUGGAAAGUGUUCAGGUGCUGGCCACGUGUCACUCACUGGUGCAGUUGGAUGAUGGCAUAGUCGGCGAUCCACUCGAGAAGGCCACUCUACAAGCUGUCGACUGGAACCUCACCAAGGGUGACGCAGUGAUUCCGAAGAAAGGCAAGGCGCCCGGCAUGAAGAUCUUUCAGCGCUUCCACUUCUCGUCGGCUCUGAAGCGCAUGUCGGUGGUGGCCGGCUACACGCUGCCCGGGUCCACUGACACAUCCUACGUGGUCACUGUCAAGGGGGCGCCCGAGACACUCAAACAUAUGUUCGCCUCAGUGCCGUCGACCUACGACUCUGUUUACCUGUCGAUGUCGCGUCGCGGCGCGCGUGUGCUGGCGCUGGGCUUCCGCGAGCUAGGCCGACUGACGCAUCAGCAGGCAAGGGAGCUGACACGUGACGUCAUCGAGGCUGACCUUCGAUUCGCCGGCUUCGUAGUCAUCAGCUGUCCGCUCAAGGCCGACUCCAAGGCCGUCAUCAAGGAGAUUUUGCAUGCCUCGCAUCUGGUGGUGAUAAUAACAGGCGACAACCCGUUGACAGCUUGCCAUGUGGCGAAAGAGUUGCGCUUCACGCAGAAGCGAGACGGAGUGCUGGUGCUGACCAGGAGAGAGAGUGAGAAGGAGAAGGAAGACGAUAAGGAGGAGGAAGAGGAGGAGUGGUUCUGGGAGUCGAUCGACCAGUCGCUGCAGAUUGAGCUUAUACCAGAAGAGGGCGGCUACAAGGCGUUGAUUGCCGACUACGAUUUGUGUAUUACUGGCGAGGGCCUAACCUACUUGUACGAGAAGGAGCACCAGUUUCUGAUGCGUAUCCUGGCUCACGUGAGCGUGUUCGCGCGUGUGGCGCCGAAGCAGAAGGAGCUGGUGAUCACGUGUCUCAAGGCGCUCGGCUUCACCACGCUCAUGUGUGGCGACGGCACCAACGAUGUUGGCGCACUCAAACACGCGCAUGUCGGUGUUGCAAUUUUGUCGAAUGCACCGGAACGACUGCCCGAGAAAAAGAAAGUAGAUAAGGAAAAGGUGAUAGAGAGAGAGAAACGAUCACUGAAUUCUCACGGUCCCGGACACAGGAAUGCUGACCAAAGAAUGAACUCAUCGAAUUCGACACACUCGCAGCUGCAGAAACUACUGAAGGAACUCGAGGAGCAAGACCAGGCGCAGAUUGUGAAACUGGGAGACGCCAGUAUUGCCGCUCCAUUUACUAGUAAAUUGUCUUCGAUCCAGUGCAUUUGCCACGUAAUCAAGCAAGGCCGGUGCACACUGGUGACAACACUGCAGAUGUUCAAGAUCCUGGCGCUGAAUGCCUUGAUCCUCGCCUACAGCCAGUCGGUGCUCUACUUGGAUGGGAUCAAGUUCAGCGACAUGCAGGCCACCCUACAAGGCCUCUUAUUGGCUGCCUGUUUCCUCUUCAUUUCCAGAUCUAAGCCACUGAAGACGCUAUCGAAGCAAAGGCCACUGCCGAAUAUCUUCAACCUGUACACCGUGCUCACAGUGCUACUUCAGUUCUUUGUGCACUUCGGCUGCCUCGUGUUCCUCGUGCAGCAGGCAUCCGCAUACACGCCACAAAAAGAUAAGAAACCUUUCGAUCCAGAAGAGGAGUCUGAAUUCGAGCCAGGCAUCCUUAACAGCACAGUCUACAUCAUUUCAAUGGCACUACAGGUCUCAACCUUUGCCAUAAACUAUAGGGGCCACCCGUUCAUGGAGAGUCUAUCUGAGAACAAGGCGCUGCUCUAUACCAUAUUCAGUUCGGCGCUGGCAGUGGUUGCGCUAGCCAUGGGUCUUGUGCCCGAAAUAGCGCACCAGUUCGAGAUUGUCGAGUUCCCCUCCGAAUUUCGGAAAACGCUGGUGAUUGUUCUGUUCGCUGACUUCUUCCUAUCAUUCCUGGUUGACCGCAUUUGUCUCUAUCUGCUCGGUGAGGGACAACUCAGGUUACGACCGUCAUCGAAACACUGACUGCUGUCAUUGCUAAUGAUGAUUAUGAUGACUGUCCUUUUGUCAUGUUGUCUAGUCCGUGGAUACAAGUUGAAGACAAGCUUGUUGAGAUGACAGUCCAGUUUCUAUGCCGAGAUUCAAUUAAAACUGUCAGGAUUGAUGUUAUGUAUAAGGAAUGCUGAAAGAGUGAUAUCAUAGAUAAAAGUUAAGAAGAUCCCAUGUUAUAGGUAUUUUAUGUUCCAAAUUUCAAGCAGAUUUUUUGUUAACUCAAGCCCAGUAUUGUCGACUCAUUACUGUGUUGUUGGUGGGAGAGUGUAGAGAUGCGUACAGAUAUACGCGCCGCGAACAUGAGCAAUUCACUUUUAAUCCGCUGAUGUAUCUUACCGUUUCUGUAAAGAUACAGAUAUAAUCAGCUGAUUAAAAGUGAAUUGCUAAUGUUCGCUGCGCGUAUAUCUGUACGCACCUUAAGAACAGCACAGUAUGAGAGACAACCAGCGUCACAUAGCUCCACGAAAAAGAACUGCUAGGACUAUCGGCUUGAGUUAACAUUGAAAAUUGGAACAUAAACGCCACAUACCAUGGGAUAUCUUCUUGGGCUAUUUUUUUCUCUAUGCUAAUAUUACUUUGAACUGUCUGUAUUCCUUUUAACAGCUAUAACGCUUUCCAUUAAAUCAAUGCUGAUAGUAAUGUUGUCGGUUUGAAAUUUGAAAUGACUUUCGCACGUUUUUUGAUUAUAUUAUUUGAAAUUAAAGGUUUGUUUUGAAGAUUAAAGUAGAAAGUCCUGAUGAUGUUGGCGAUUCAUAAAUACUGUACAUAAUUCGUCAAAUUCGGGUAUUAUAUGCACAUUAUUUUUAAUAUGCGUCUUUAUUUUGAAGAAUGAACUAAAUUCAUUCAUGAUUGAGUGUUGAAAACCACUUAAGAACUGUCACAAACUAUUUUCCUCUGGUGAUAUUGAGAUGUCAAAGUUUUUGAAAAUUUGUAAAGUUGUGAAUGUUGUGGAGUAUCAUUGUGAGUUUCAUCGAUUUCAUUUCAAUUCAAUCACUUUGUUUUGUCUGGUCUGUGACCACACUGUUCAAUUCAGACUGCAGUUUUCCCAGUUGUUCCAUCAGUUCAAGCUUAGUUUCAUACAAUUCUGUUAAUCUUGACACUGUAUGUACGUAUUCUUUGAACUCUUAGUAGAUUUUGCAUUCUUCAAAGUAAGGCGAUUUGGAUGAUGGCUUGGAAGUACAUUACGGAGAUUGUGAGGAUAGCAUUGGUGGCAAGCCACUACCUCCGUAAACAGAGGUAGUGGGCAAGCUCACCUCAUCCCUGCCCGUCUGACUGACAAAACUCAGGUCUUGACCGCAUUCAGCUAUUCAGUUAUUGUAUAGAGCAAUCAAUACAAUAGUCGGAAAAGAAAAAACAGGCAAUUUCCUAAUUUUGUCUCAAUUGUCCAAAUAUUAUGUAGAUUAUGUAAAUUUUAAUUUAUUCACCAAAUCAUCAAUCUUACACUACAAACCAGAAUAAAACAAACACUAAUUUCAAUAUAGACGCAUGGCUCCGUCUGUACUGUAAACAAUAUGUUUUCAAUUCAGCUUAUUUAAUUUUUAACUAACAACAGUAUGUUCAAAAUUGUUAUGACAACAUUAUGUUCUGCUAUGUAUGAUUUUUAUAGUGCGGGAUAUAAUACUAAUUGAAUUUCAAUUCCUAUUCCUAUUGAAUAGGAUAAAAGUUCGUUUUCUCUAAUUUAUUUAUUCUAUGAGUAAAUGACAUGGAUAAUAAUCUUUGAAUUUUCAAUCAAUCACCAACUGAUUUGAUUAGUCGAUUUUUCGGUAUUUUCUCAUUAUUUGAUCAUUUUAAGAACUUCCAGAAACACCUGGAUUGGUAAUCCUGUAAUAAUUAUUAUUGGGUCAUAUUUUUCUGGUUCAAUAAUUGAUUAUACCUAUUUCAUUAUGAUAAUCUGACCCAAUAAUUAAAUCACAAUUUAGUUAGAUUCAAAGAGACAAUCUUCUGUUUCUAAUCGUGUACCGUACUCACUAUAUUGAUGCAUCUAAUUUGUUCCUGGUGAUAUUUUCAGACUUGGUCUGUUGAAAUACCUCAAUGAUUAUUAUGGUAAUAAAAAUAAAAUAUUUUAUGUGUAAAUUAUUCCAAGUAUUUAAUGGUUAUUUUAAAAUUAAACUUACUGAAUCAUCGAAUUAUUUAAUAGUCAAUAAAACUGUAUCACUGUCGGUUAUUGAAAUUUGAUUUGUUAUCUCAAUAAUUUGUACAUGCCAGGCCUAUUAGUAUUUAAAUAAUUUAUCAACGAGUAUGGAAAAAAAUUGAGAGUUCAUUGUCAAUUCUGACAAUUUGAAUUUUGCACAUUCUUACUAGCUUUUACAAAUGUUUAGUUCUAUUCUUUCAACUAUCAUAGAAUCGCUUUGAUUUUCUAGUUUAUUCAAAGCUCAACUUCUCUGUGCAUUCUUUGUAUUUUCAGCUUCAUAAAGUUCAGAAAAUAAUAUUUGGUUGUUUUAUUAUAGAAUUCUUAGAAAUCCAUAGAAAAUGUAUAGAUAUCCAUAAUUGUUAUCUUAAUUUUAAUUUUCUCUAAAAAGUAUUGUAUUGAUAAUUUUUAUUCUAUUCCACGGUAUCAAUAACCGUAUUGUUGUUGAAGUUAGGAAUAAUUAUUUUUGUUUUGAUUGGAUUAUGAUUUAUUUCACUGUAAUGCGUUUGAUCAUGGCUUACUAUCUAUAGUAGGCUAUGGUUUGAUGGACGAACAUGUAUGUGAACAAGACUUUGUAAAUUGGGUAAAUAUAUAUAUAUGUAUAUGGUUUGUA